AAACAACCAAGUUGCAGAGAGUCGGAGACAGAGGAAAAGCGUUCCUCUAUGGCCACGGCAAGAUAAGCAAAGGAAAGGGACCACAUGGCUUCCUUCAUGGUCAUCUCAUCUGUUGCAGUUUCAGACCCUUGUCCAGCUCUCAUGGCUGUACCAUUCACAAAGGCCUCUCCUUCGCCUUCUGGGAUGAUGCGCAUAUGUCAAACACCCAGAAUUGUUUUCAGGGCAACUGGGUUGAGACUCAAGAGUAGCAGUAUUGCUGCUGUGAAUGCGUCAAGGACAUACAAGCAGUGCAUGCCUGUUUGCUUGUUUGGUGGGAAAGGACAGUCUGAGGGUGACAGUGAGGCUUCUCCAUGGAAAGCUCUUGAGAAAGCCAUGGGAAAUUUUAAGAAGGAAUCAUCAGUGGAGGAUGUGUUACGGAAACAAAUUGAGAAACAAGAAUACUUUGAUGAUGGAGGCAGUGGUGGAAAUCCUCCAAGUGGUGGUGGAGGCGAUUCUGGUGGAUCAGAGGAUGAAGGCCUUUCUGGGAUUAUGGAUGAAGCAGUGCAAGUGUUCUUAGCAACUGUUGCCUUUAUAUUGCUGUAUAUAUACCUCCUUGAUGGUGAGGAGAUGGUUCGGCUGGCAAGGGACUACAUCAAAUAUCUUUUUGGAGGACAGAAGAGUAUUCGGUUACAGCGUGCAAUGUCUAACUGGAGACGAUUCUUAAAGAGGUUCUCUACAAAGAAGGAGGUGCAGAAGGAUUGGCUGGAACAGGCAAUCAUCAGUACCCCAACUUGGUGGGAUGACCCUGCAAAAUACAGGCGCCUUAGAAGGUCUUAUCUUGCAUCAUCAUCCUCAUCAUCAUCCUAUGAUGCAUCAUCGCCCUAUGAUGCAUCAUCGCCCUAUGAUGAUGAUGAUGAUGAUGCAUCAUCACCCUAUGAUGCAUAAUCAUCCUAUGACUAAUCCUGAAAUCCUUGUAGCAAUUUUGCCUUCCCUGCCUACAUUUUUCUUUUUUCCCUUUCAAUUAUGCAACAUUGUCUUCAUUCUAGGUCAAGAACUAUGUUAUUACAAUUUUAACUUUGCCAAAUAUUUGAAAGCCUUGAAGAAUUUUAUUAUCCAAUCAUACAUUAAAAACAAA